AGUGUGUGAGGAGGAGCGGGUGAGCGGGGCCGGGCGGGCAGCGCCGGGCGGAGGGGGGGGCCGGGACGGGCAGGGACAGCUCUCCCUCUCUGGGUCGGGGUUGCCGCCCGCCUCCCGCAGCACCGGGAACCCCGCACGGAGCGUCAACAAGGCGGCUAGAGGCAGCAACAGCAGCAGGAGGAAGGAAAACACCAUCCACCCACAGCCAGCGGCGGCAGCAGCGAGGGGCGGCCGGGCGGGGGAGAGAGGAGGGGAGGAGGGGACACGGCCUCCGCCGGCACGCGAGACAGCGCCCCCCGCCCGCCGCCGCCACCACUGCCCGCCGCCGGGACCCUCCCCCGCCCCGCCCGGCCCGUGUCCCGCAGGGAGGAGGCCCUGCCCUCCCCUCCCCGCCGCGACCCGUGCCCUGCCCGGGGGGGGGCCAGACCUGGACGCGGAAGGAAGGCCCCCCCGGCCCCCCCCCCCCCUUCCCCGCAGCCCGGCGGCGCUGAGGCGGCCUGGAGAACCGGAGGAAGCUUCCCCCUCCCUUUGCUGCCUGCCCAGGGGGCUCGGAUCCAAACGCUCCCUCGUUGGAAAAGGCCCCUACCCGACCGGGCCGUUCGGUGUGAGGAUUCCCGGGAUCCCCAGGGGAUCGCGGCCGCCCCGGAGCCGCCCCAGCCCCGCGGCCUGAGGAGUGUCCGCGGCUGCUCCCCCGCCGGGCCCGUCUCCUCAGACAUGCCCCGCUCUGGCGGCCGGGCUCGCCGAGGAUCAUGACUGCAGCGGCCAACUGGGUGGCGAACGGGGCCAGCCUGGAGGAUUGUCACUCCAACCUCUUCUCGCUGGCUGAACUCACAGGCAUCAAAUGGCGUAGGUACAAUUUUGAAGGUCAUGGGGACUGUGGCCCUAUCAUUUCAGCCCCAGCCCAGGAUGAUCCAAUCCUGCUCAGCUUCAUCCGCUGCUUGCAGGCCAACCUGCUCUGUGUGUGGCGCCGCGACGUCAAACCGGAUUGUAAGGAGCUGUGGAUUUUCUGGUGGGGAGAUGAGCCAAACCUUGUAGAUGUGAUACAUCGUGAGCUGCACAUGGUGGAAGAAGGAUUGUGGGAGAAUGGACUUUCCUAUGAGUGUAGGACCUUGCUCUUCAAAGCAAUUCACAAUCUUCUGGAAAGGUGCUUGAUGGAUAAAAACUUCGUAAGAAUUGGAAAAUGGUUCAUAAGGCCCUAUGACAAGGAUGAGAAGCCUGUCAAUAAAAGUGAACAUUUGUCCUGUGCCUUCACAUUCUUUCUCCACGGGGAAAGCAAUGUGUGCACAAGUGUGGAGAUUGCUCAACACCAGCCCAUCUACCUGAUCAAUGAAGAGCAUAUCCAUAUGGCCCAGUCCUCCCCCUCACCCUUCCAAGUUUUGGUGAGUCCUUAUGGUUUAAAUGGUACACUCACGGGCCAGUCAUACAAGAUGUCAGACCCAGCAACUCGUAAAUUGAUGGAGGAGUGGCAGUAUUUUUACCCUAUGGUGCUGAAGAAAAAAGAAGGGAUGAAAGAGGAAGAAGAGUUGGGAUAUGACAACGAUUUCCCUGUGGCAGUUGAAGUCAUUGUUGGUGGUGUAAGGAUGGUAUAUCCUUCAGCCUUUGUUCUCAUCUCCCAGAGUGACAUCCCUGUGUCACAGAAUGCUGCCAGUACUGGAGGCCAUAUAAAUAUGGGACAGCAGGGGCUUGGAAGCAUGAAAGAUCCUGCUAGUACCUGUGGGAUGCCACUCACUCCACCCACUUCUCCAGAGCAGGCUGUUAUGGGAGAAAGUGGCUGCUCUCAGAGCAGUGUCAGCCAUUCAGCUGUGCAGGAGGGGACAGUCAGUGUGCACAGUCCAAAGAAAUCAGGCAAGAUUACUCCAAAAUUUCACAAUCAUAUGGUUCACCGUGUCUGGAAGGAAUGCAUCCUCAACAGGUCACAGUCCAAGAGGAAUCAAAUUACAACUGCAAAUUUGGAAGAGGAAGUUCCUAACAAUACUGUUUCUUGGGAUUUUGUGGAUCCAGUCCAAAGAGUCAGUUGUUCUUGUUCCAGGCACAAGGUUUUCAAGCAGCGCUGUGCUGCUGGCUCCAGCCGCCCCCCAUCCAUCAGCCAGCCGGGGUUCAGCGUGGGGACAUCGUCCUCCUCGUCCCUGCCACCUCCUGCCUCUUCAAAGCACAAAACCACAGAGAGACAGGAAAAAGGAGAGAAACUGCAAAAAAGGCCUAUGAUGCCAUUUCACCAUCGGCCCUCUGUGACUGAAGAGCUAUGCAUGGAGCAGGACACGUCAGGGCAGAAACUGGGAUUAGCAGGAAUGGAACCCUCCUUAGAAGUCCCUAAUUCCAGAAAAUAUGAGAAGCCUCUAUCUAUACCUGCUAGAAAUCCAAGCAAGCAAAUAAAUAUGAAUCCUAUGGAUUCACCCCGUUCCCCCACUUCCCCUCUGCCUCCCACACUUAGUCCCCAGCCAAGAGGUCAGGAAGCAGAGAACCUGGACCCACCUUCCGUACCUGUAAACCCAGCACUCUAUGGCAGUGGGCUGGAGCUUCAGCCCUUGCCCAGCUUAGAUGAUAGGGCAGUCCUUGUUGGACAGAGGUUACCUCUGAUGGCAGAGGUCAGUGAGACAGCGUUGUACUGUGGGAUCAUGCAGAACAAUGAGUCUCUAGAUGUGUGGAGGAGCUAUAGUGUCCCAUCAAGUGAUGACCCAGAGUUCAGGCCGCCAGACCUUCCCUGUGAGAGAUACGAUGCCAAGAUGGAGAUGAGCUCAGACAGCACUGCACUGAAAAGGCUCUUGGCACAACCUAAUAAACGGUUUAAAAUUUUGGAAGAGCAGAAACCAGUGCAGACACUGAACUAUCUUGACCCCUUGCCCCUAUUACAACAGCCAGGAGAAGGCUUGGGAGACACUAGUGAUCCUUACACUUUUGAGGAUGGUGAUAUAAAGUACAGCUUCACUGGCAGUAAGAAAUGCAGACUUGGGGCUGAGAAGGAUCCUUUGAAAAAGAACAAGCCAGAAGAUGGAAUUGGUACCAAGGAAAUCCCCACAACGGGUCAUUCUACACCAGUUCCUGAUGGAAAAGAUGCCAUGUCUAUUUUCAGUUCUGCUCCUAAGACUGAUACUCGGCAAGACAGCGCUGCGGGCCGGGCAGGCUCCGGGAGCCUCACCCAGGUGACAGAUCUGGCUCCAUCGCUCCAUGAUCUAGAUAAUAUCUUUGAUAAUUCAGAUGAAGAUGAGCUUGGUGCUGUGUCACCAGCUCUUCGGUCAUCAAAGAUGCCCACGGUGGGAUCUGAGGAGCGCCCUGUGGGGAAGGAUGGUAGAACAGCAGUACCUUACCCACCAACUGUGGCAGAUCUCCAAAGGAUGUUCCCAACACCACCCUCUUUAGAACAACACCCUGCCUUCUCCCCAGUAAUGAGUUAUAAAGAUGGAAUAAGUUCAGAGACUGUGACUGCCUUGGGAAUGAUGGAAAGUCCCAUGGUCAACAUGGUUCCAACACAGCUUGCUGAGUUUAAAAUGGAGGUGGAAGAUGGAUUAGGUAGCCCUAAACCAGAAGAAAUUAAGGAUUUUUCGUACGUGCACAAAGUUCCAUCAUUUCAACCUUUCGUGGGCUCCUCCAUGUUUGCUCCACUGAAGAUACUGCCAAGCCAGUGCCUCCUACCUCUGAAGAUACCAGAUGCCUGCAUUUUCAGGCCUUCUUGGGCUGUUCCUCCUAAAAUUGAACAACUUCCUUUGCCGCCUGCAGCCACUUUCAUUAGAGAUGGUUACAACAAUGUGCCUAGUGUGGGGAGUUUGGCCGACCAGGACUAUCUUCAGAUGAAUACUCCCCAGAUGAACACGCCGGUGACGCUGAACAGCGCGGCCCCAGCCAGCAACAGCGGCGCAGGGGUCCUGCCCUCGCCAGCCACUCCCCGCUUCUCCGUCCCCACCCCCCGCACCCCCAGGACCCCCAGGACUCCCCGAGGAGGGGGCACAGCGAGCGGGCAGGGGUCUGUAAAGUACGACAGCACAGAUCAAGGGUCACCUGCCUCCACCCCUUCGACGACCCGGCCGCUGAACUCGGUGGAGCCGGGCACGGUGCAGCCCAUCCCCGAGGCCCACAGCCUGUACGUCACCUUGAUCCUCUCAGACUCGGUGCUGAACAUCUUCAAGGACCGGAACUUUGACAGCUGCUGUAUCUGCGCCUGCAACAUGAACAUCAAGGGUGCUGACGUGGGAUUGUACAUCCCGGAUUCGUCCAACGAGGAUCAGUACCGCUGCACCUGCGGCUUCAGCGCCAUCAUGAACCGCAAGCUGGGUUACAACUCUGGGCUCUUUAUUGAGGAUGAGCUGGAUAUUUUUGGCAAGACCUCGGACAUUGGCCAAGCUGCGGAAAGACGACUGAUGAUCUGUCAAAGCAACUUGAUUUCUCAGCUGGGGGAGGGAGCUAGAAGGACCCAGGAACCUCCGAUGAGCCUCCUCCUCCUCCUCCAGAAUCAGCACACACAGCCUUUCACAUCUCUGAGCUGCUUGGACUACAUGUCCUCCAACAACCGUCAGCCGCUCCCGUGCAUGAACUGGAGCUACGACAGGCUGCAGGCUGACAGCAACGACUCCUGGAUCGAAUGCUUCAAUGCCCUUGAGCAGGGCAGGCAGUACGUGGACAACCCCACUGGUGGAAAAGUGGAUGAAGCCCUUGUCAGAAGCGCCACUGUACAUUCUUGGCCUCACAGCAACGUAUUGGAUAUCAGCAUGCUCUCCUCCCAGGAUGUGGUGCGCAUGCUGCUCUCCCUACAGCCCUUUCUCCAGGAUGCCAUCCAGAAGAAACGAACAGGAAGGACCUGGGAGAACAUCCAGCAUGUGCAGGGACCACUCACCUGGCAGCAAUUCCAUAAGAUGGCAGGACGGGGAACCUAUGGCUCUGAGGAAUCUCCUGAGCCUCUUCCAAUCCCGACUUUACUUGUGGGUUAUGACAAGGACUUCCUGACAAUCUCUCCAUUCUCCUUGCCCUUCUGGGAGAGGCUGUUGCUAGACCCGUACGGGGGCCAUCGGGAUGUCGCCUACAUCGUGGUGUGUCCAGAAAAUGAGGCCUUGCUCGAUGGAGCCAAAACUUUCUUCAGGGACUUGAGUGCUGUAUACGAGAUGUGUAGGCUUGGCCAGCACAAACCCAUCUGCAAAGUGUUACGAGAUGGAAUCAUGCGGGUGGGAAAGACUGUGGCACAGAAGCUGACGGAUGAGCUGGUGAGCGAAUGGUUCAGCCAGCCCUGGGGCACCGAGGAGUGUGACAAUCAUUCCAGGCUCAAACUCUACGCCCAAGUUUGCCGGCAUCACCUCGCACCUUACUUAGCCACUCUGCAGCUCGACAGCAGCCUCUUGCUGCCACCCAAGUACCAAACCCCAGCACCAGCGAGCCAGCCUCAAACAGUACCUGGGAACACUGGACCUGGACCCUCCAAUCCAACCUGUCUGUCUGCUGCUGGGGCAGCACCGACGGGCAGCUCGCUGAGCUCCACACCCAGUGGUGGGACCACUAGCCUUCCUGCAGGAAGCAGUUCAUCCUCUGGAUCCUCUGUGCCACAGCUGUCAGCAUCUUCUGCAACACCUGGUGUGAGCCAGAUGGCCAGUACCUCUACUCCGGGGUUUAGUGGGAACGUCGGGUCAGGGCAAAGCACCAGCACUGGGGCAAGCACAGCAGAGCGCUCGCAGGGAAGUGCAGCUCCUGGAGGAGACACAGAAUCGGGUCAAAACUUACCCCAACAGCAACAAGAAGGACAGGAAGGUGUUACAGAGAGGGAGAGAAUAGGGAUUCCCACCGAGCCCGACUCUGCCGACAGCAACGCCUACCCUCCAGCUGUUGUCAUCUACAUGGUGGACCCUUUCACCUACACUGCAGAGGAGGAAUCUGCCUCCACCAACUUCUGGCUCCUAAGUUUGAUGAGAUGCUACACAGAAAUGCUGGAUAACUUGCCUGAGAAUAUGAGGAAUUCUUUCAUUCUCCAGAUUGUGCCUUGCCAGUACAUGCUGCAGACAAUGAAGGAUGAGCAGGUUUUCUACAUUCAGCACUUGAAGUCUCUGGCAUUUUCCGUGUACUGCCAGUGCAGGAGGCCUCUGCCCACCCAGAUCCACAUCAAGUCUCUCACAGGCUUUGGGCCAGCUGCCAGCAUUGAGAUGACCCUCAAAAAUCCUGAGAGGCCCAGCCCAAUCCAGCUGUACUCUCCUCCUUUCAUCCUGGCACCCAUCAAAGACAAACAGACAGAGCUGGGGGAAACAUUUGGAGAGGCCAGUCAGAAAUACAACGUGCUCUUCGUUGGGUAUUGUUUGUCUCAUGACCAGCGUUGGCUUCUGGCAUCCUGCACUGACCUUCAUGGGGAAUUGCUGGAAACCUGCAUAGUUAAUAUUGAUUUACCAAACAGGUCAAGGAGGAGCAAGUUGUCUGCACGUAAAAUUGGCCUGCAGAAGCUGUGGGAAUGGUGCAUUGGGAUUGUGCAGAUGACAUCCCUGCCUUGGAGAGUUGUCAUCGGGCGGCUCGGCCGCCUGGGCCACGGGGAGCUAAAAGACUGGAGUAUCCUCCUUGGGGAAUGUUCCCUGCAGACAAUCAGCAAGCAGCUGAAGGAGGUGUGCCGCAUGUGUGGCAUCUCCUCGGCUGACUCCCCAUCCAUCCUCAGUGCCUGCCUGGUUGCCAUGGAGCCACAGGGGUCCUUUGUUGUGAUGCCAGAUGCUGUCACCAUGGGGUCAGUGUUUGGCCGGAGCACUGCACUGAACUUGCAGUCAUCCCAGCUGAACACCCCUCAGGAUGCCUCCUGUACACACAUCCUGGUUUUCCCAACUUCUGCUACUAUCCAGGUGGCACCAGCAAAUUACCCCAAUGAGGAUGGAUUCAGCCCUACCAAUGAUGACAUGUUUGACCUCCCAUUCCCAGAUGACAUGGACAAUGACAUCAGAAUUUUAAUAACAGGGAAUCUUCACUCUUCACCAAAUUCCUCCCCAGUUCCUUCCCCUGGAUCACCAUCUGGCAUUGGAGUGGGAUCUCACUUCCAGCAUAGUAGGAGCCAAGGGGAACGUCUCCUUUCCCGAGAAGCCCCUGAAGAACUGAAGCAGCAACCUCUUGCUCUUGGAUACUUCGUAUCGACUGCCAAAGCUGAGAAUCUUCCGCAGUGGUUCUGGUCAUCCUGUCCUCAGGCACAAAACCAGUGUCCCCUCUUCCUGAAGGCCUCAUUACAUCACCAUAUCUCUGUAGCGCAGACCGAUGAGCUGCUACCUGCCAGAAAUUCUCAGCGAGUCCCUCACCCCCUAGACUCUAAAACUACAUCAGAUGUCUUGAGGUUUGUUUUGGAGCAGUACAAUGCACUGUCCUGGCUUACGUGUAACCCUGCCACUCAGGAUCGCAGCUCCUGCCUUCCUGUCCACUUUGUGGUGCUCACUCAAUUGUACAAUGCCAUCAUGAAUAUACUUUAAUAGAUAGAAAAGCACUUGUUCUUCUGGCUUAUUCUCCCCUCAACCUGAGAAACGUGCCACAGUCUGCAAAGAUCACAAUUUUGCUUCUCUUCAGACCAGUCCUGUGCUGUGCUUCUGUUCCUCCAAAAGCACAUGUGAGUUCUGCAGUGUUCAAAACUAAACUACCCAUUAACAUCUCUGGCAGCUUCAGUCCAAAAUCUGGGAACAUCCAAGAACAGUGAACACAGAGUAACCUCAAGCCAGUGUUAGUUUGGUGGCCCAGUAGUUACUGGUCAGUGUGAUUAUUUUUUUUAAUAUUUUAUUUUUUUAAGGAAGACUACAGUAUCUUUUUGCAUUAGGAACUCUGAUCAACAACCAAGAGCAGUGUCAGCCCUGCAAGUAAAAAGAACUUGUAGUGACCGGUUUGGAUUGUCCAAAACUUACUUUGUUGUUCGAUCAUCAUAAACUGGGACUUUGCAGGAGGAAAAACAAAAAAACAAAUGAAAAAAACCACACAGAUGUAGUCUUGUAUAAAUAUUGGAGUUUUCUGUCUACCUGGAGUUCCUGUCAGAGUGGAUUGGGAUGAAUGCAUGCAUUUGUUACCUGUCCAUGUAGAUAUGAAUGGUCUGGAGAUACUUUAUUUAUUUUUAGGUUUGGGGAGGGGAGGGAUUAAAUUAUAAAGGACCAGGAACAGUAGAAUAUCUUAAAAAUCCAGCUCCGUUCCACUGUAGGGUUAUUUAUCUACAUACCUCUCACUCUUCUGACCUAGAAAUCAAAAGUGAAGCUACUAACAAUCAAAGUUCAAGCUGGGAAGGGAAGUGUGUUCUGGUAAGGAUGUACUGGUGUUCUAAGGAAUUCCCCCCUGCAUGUAGCCUGGUUAAAGCAAGGAAUGGCCAGUGUUUAAUGAAGGAUAACACUACCUAAUGGAAGAAGAGUGAGUGAGAGGUAGGGAGGAAAAAUACUUUAAAGCCCAAUGUGUGGGCAGAUGGAAAGUGGUAAAUUAAUCUAUUGUAGAGGUAUGAUUGAAAUAUAUUUCCAGUAAAUUUAGUGAUGCUAGAAAACUAUUUACUGAAACCCAAGUCGCCCUUGAAUUCUGGGCAGACUCGUCCAUGUACAUAUCCAAAAAUAUGGUUUUUGUUUACACUAAAUCAGUUACAAAUCUGGUGUAUUUUUUCUGACUAUAGGAAUAUUAUUUCAAAGAAAUAAUUUUUAAAAAUUAUAUCAUUAAAUUAGUACUUGAAGUUAUACCACUGUGGUGGAAAAGUUACUUUGUUGAGUAAAAUGAUUGCCAUUUUAAAGGUUAAUGGCUAAUUGAAGUAUUUUUAUGACUCCUUCAUUCCAGGCUUCAAGGGGUUUAUGUUUAAACUCCAUUUUCUAAUGUUUGUUGUUGCACUGUGCAGCAGGCAUGGACUGCCUUACGGGAGGGGUCGGGCACUUUGAUCAGGCUGUGUGACCUACUUAUCUAUCUGUGGAGAAAAAAAACCCUACCAAUUUUAAAGUUCUUCCAAAAGACUUUCAUGUUCUGGUUAAAAAAAAUGAAAUUCUAUGAUUUUAAAAAGUAUUUUUCUUGAGAUAAUGUAACAUUUAAAACAAAUUAUAUAAAAUAAAAAAGAAUAAAAAAAAAUUGCUUGUGUAAUGAGAAGGUGAAGUCAGAGAAGAAACCUGUAAAUGGAUUAUUUCAUUCUCUGCACCUCCCAUGUGGGUAUCCUCUUUGCAAUGUAUAGGUUAAAAAAAAAAAUCUGAUAUCAAACCAUUUGUAUCUAAUGUGUACAGUGUAAAAUUGACUUUAAAAAAUAUUGCAGUACUAUUUUUUCUUAAUCAGAAAAGAAAAUUCUCAAGGCCUUUUGAAGAGCAUAAAAAGAUGAAGAUUGUAAACUUGUAUAAAAAAAAAUUUAACUUGGGGAGGAAAAAAUGUAAAGUAGACAUUUGUAAUCUUUUACCAUUUGGGGGUUAUUUGUUCCCAGGAUUCAUCUGAACUUUGGAUUAUUAUUUUGUUUGUUCUUUUUAAAUGGGCCAUUUUUAUCCAGGGGUGUUUCUUCCCCAGAAACCUGGUUCUAAGCAAAAAUGAAAAAUAAAAAAAGGGCAGCAAGGAGUAGUUUUCAUCUGGUGUCUUUUAUUUAAUUUUUUUAAGUUAAGAGAAGCUGGUGACAUAUUUAUACGUUUUUGUGCAAAAUAAAUGAAUGGCAAUAGAUUUUAAAGAAAAAUCUUAUGUACUUCUGUGUGAAAAGUUCUGUAUAAUAUUUCCCUUAAAUAUGCAUUAUUUUACUUGUGAGUUUUUUACUGAAUUAAUCUGAAAUGUACAAGCCCUGGCUUUCCUACAGAGUGAAGAAAGUUAUUUUAUUUUUUUUUUUUAUUUCUAACUUUGGAAAUUCAUGCCUAAAUCAGAAUUAUUAUUACAGUUGUUUGAGCUAAAGGGAGAGGGAGGGGGUGGGGAAUGUCCAGCAUGCUUGUAUGUAUAUUUCAGAACCUUUUUUAAAUGUAAAAGCUGUACAUUUCUGGGGAGUUCUGAAUUUCUUUUCUGUUUUGUUUUGGUUUUUUGUUUUGUUUUGUUUUUUUUCUCUCUGAGCAUUUUGCAGUGAGCUUCUUUUAUAUAUAGCCGACAAUUUGAAAGAAAACAAAAAAAAAAUGUGAAGUUCAUUUUAAAUCUACAGUAUAUCGCUGGUACAAUACACUAAAAAAAAAAAGACUUUGAUAAAAAGAAACAAUAAUAAUAAAGACCUCCAUUUUAAAUGUCAUUCAUAUAUACCUUGUGGAUGAGAGCUAUAUACUUUUACACACUUUUUUAGAUGAAUAAAUUAUUGAAUUACUGAAA